AUGUCGACCCUGCGCCACUCGCACGAGUCCUCCCCUUAUGUCCAGAAGGGAGAGGACCUCUCCGGCAAGAAGCUGACUCCCACCGUCAAGUCCUACAGAAACAUGGAGUUUCUCAACAGUUACUCAGGGCGUAUGAUCCGCAUCUUGUGCGAGUUCGAGGAGCCCAAGCAACGCCUUCAGCAGCACUUCAUCCGCACCACCGUUCUCUUCUUCGGCAGUGCCCGCUCCAUGACUCAGGCGCAGUACGACAGCACCGUCCAGGACAUCCACUCCAAACUGGCGGCUGCGACAGAGGACUGCACGAAGGCAAGCCUCCAGAACGAGCUCGCUCGCCUGAAGAAGACGCAGUGGAUGUGCAAGUGGGUCGACAUGGUGGAGAACAUGGCACGAAUGGUGGCAGAGUUCUCUCAGAAGGAGCAGGAUAUCAUCAACCGCAGUUUCAGGCACAUUCCCGACUACUUCAGACUGACUCCAGAGGAUGGAUCGGAGUCCCUGGACGACUUGCAGAAGCGCUUUCACGACCUGGUCGUCACUACAGGUGGUGGCCCCGGAUUCAUGGAGGCGGCGAACCACGGUGCAGCCUCGGUACCUGGCGCUGUGACGAUGGGCAUGGGUAUCUCCCUCCCGUUUGAGAAAGGCCUCAACCCCCACGUGACGAAGGGGUUGGCAUUUGAGUUCCACUACUUCUUUACCCGCAAGUUCUGGAUGAUGUACUCGUGUCGCGCCAUAGUCGUCGCCCCGGGUGGGUUUGGUACGCUGGACGAACUGUUCGAGUUGCUCACUCUGAAACAGACGAAGAAAAUACCUUCGCUGCCAGUGGUGUUGCUCGACAAGGAGUUUUGGCGGACGGUGGUCAACUGGCAGGCUCUGGCUGACUAUGGCGUGAUAUCGCAGGAGGAGAUCGACAGCUUGCUCUUUACUGACUCCGCCGAAGAGGCGGUCGAGCACAUUAAAGAUUUUUACCGCCGCUUGGCAAAUGAUUCGCCCGGCACGGAGUGA